CUUCCGGCUCCGGGCUCGGCCGCCUCCUCCCCUCCUGGGCUCCCCCACCCUCGUGGGCCACACCGCCCCCCGCCCCUCCUUCCCCGGGGCAGCACGGCGGCGGUUGCCGGGAAGCGCGCGCCGUUCCUGACUCCUCGCCAUCCCUCCCCUCACGCGCCACCCGUUUUUCCUCUUUCUCCGUUAAUAACAGCUGGGCGGCUGGGGGAGGAGGAAGGUGGCCCCGGCGGAGUCUGGGCGGGCGCCUCCCACUCACCCGCGAGCCGCCGUGCGAGCCGGAGGAUGGCGGCGGUAGCAGGGGCCGCCCGGGAGGAGGCGGUGCCGAGGCCCGCGGCGCAGAGCACGGCGGCGGCGGCGGCAGAGAGCGGCAGCAGCCCGUCGCGGCGCAGCAGAACCGAAACCAGCGGCAGCCGGACCGCCACCUGAGCCGCCCUUCCCGCCGGAGCGAGCGAGCGGCGCCCGCCGGAGCCCGGACCUCCUUCCCACCCGCCUCUCCGCGUCUCCCGCGCCCGCCGUCCCCCCGAGAAGGAGAGCGCGCCGGGCGCCGACCGCCCCUCGGGGCGCCGGGCAGAGGCCCUGGACGUGCGGGCUUCCCUGUGGGCCGGCCGCGGUGCCUCGGCCCUGCCCUCUCGCUCCCGCGCUCGCUCCCGCCCUCCCGGCGCUCCGGGCGCUGCGCGCGGGCCCGGCCCGGGGCAGGGCGGACAUGGGCGCCAAGCAGAGCGGCCCGGCCGCUGCCAACGGCCGCACCCGCGCGUACUCGGGCUCCGACUUACCUUCCAGCAGCAGCGGAGGAGCUAAUGGGGCCGCCGGCGGCGGAGGGGCGCGGGCCGCGGCCGCCGGGAGGUUUCCGGCUCAGGUGCCGGGCGCGCACCAGCCCAGCGCCUCGGGCGGCGCCGCGGCGGCCUCGGCGGCCCCGCGCAGCCGCUCUCUCGGCGGGGCCGGGGGCACCGUGGCGUCGGGGGCCCGCGCCGCGCAGUCCUCCUUCAGCAUCCCCAACAGCAGCAGCGGCCAGUACGGCUCGCAGGACUCGGUGCACAGCAGCCCGGAGGACGGCGGCGGCGGCGGCGGCGGCAGGGACCGGCCGGCGGGCGGGGGCCCGGGCGGGCCGCGCCUGGUCAUCGGCUCGCUACCAGCUCACCUCUCGCCGCACUUGUUUGGAGGAUUUAAGUGCCCUGUAUGCUCAAAAUUUAUACCCUCAGAUGAAAUGGAUUUACAUCUUGUGAUGUGUUUAACAAAGCCAAGAAUAACCUAUAAUGAGGAUGUCCUGAGUAAAGAUACUGGGGAAUGUGCGAUCUGCCUGGAAGACCUGCAGCAGGGGGACACGAUAGCACGGCUGCCUUGUCUGUGCAUCUACCAUAAAGGCUGCAUAGAUGAAUGGUUUGAAGUAAAUAGAUCUUGCCCUGAGCACCCUUCCGAUUAAGCAUCAGUUUCCUGUUUUAUAGGUUUUCUUCUCUUCUCAAGAUGCUUAAAAAACAAGAGGAAAUGGGGAUCUGUCUCUGGAAAAACAAAACAAAAAAUGCAGGCAUACUCGGCCAAAAAUCUGAGUUCUGUGUGACUCAGUUGAUGCAGAGGUGGACAAUCAUAUAGGGAAAAACCCUGCUGGAGGGAGGACAUUUGCCACAGAACUCAGUGCACCAAACAUGACAUAAGGACUCACAGGGAUUUUGAAAAUGCUGCACAUCCCUUAAUAGUCAUCUACAUCGGUAAUGCUGAUAAGCAUUUUGUAUGCAGACGCCAAAGUUAACUGAUUUAAAAGUUGAUUUACUUUUUAUUAAGUUCUUUAGAGCUGCGUAACUAGUGUUUUGAUUUGUUGUGUUUUUUAGUUUGGGGUCUCUUUAUAUUCCCCAACGUGAUGUUUCUGCAUUCAUCUAUUUUUAAGUUGAAGACCACAUACUUUUCUUUCUAUAAAUUAAAGUCUUAAAUGUGAAACCAAGAAAUGUAAUCAAGCAGUGAAACAUUCUCUGAAUGUAGACCAUGAUCUCAAGUUCUAAUAUUUUCCCCCCCAAGAGUGGAAAAUAGACUUCUACAUAGGAAAGCUAAAAUACUUAAACAUUUUAAAUUAAAAGUUUAAUGUUAUCAGAAUGCAGUCCAAAGAGUAAAUCAGGUUACAUAAUUACAUUUUAAUGAAUUAAAUAUUGGAUUGUCUACUGAAUUGUAAUUUCUUAAGUAUAUUCUUUCCUCUUAAAUAAAACUGCUCGACAGCUAAUCAGCAACGAAUCACCUUGCAGCUAUGCAACUUUAAAAAAAAAUACAAAUUACCAGUUUUAAGUGCUGCCAGCUACAGUAAUGUUGUUUUAACGGGUAUUUUCAUUUGUUCUUUUCAUGUAAUUAUUUAAUUGUGCUUUGCAUCUCCAGGCAGUUUUCCCACAUUUGGGUAAAAUGUUUUAGCAGGUUGUAAGCUUCAUAACUUAUGAAAAGAGUAAAAUAAAAUUUUCUUGAGUGGAACUUGGAAUAAUUUGAGGGACUUUUAUAUACUUUUAAAAAUCAGAAAUCAAUUAGGAUGUCAGAUUUAUAGCAGUUUGCAUCUUUAAUUUUCCAGAUAAUCUGGAAGUUAGUGUUUGAUAAAUGAUUUUUAAAGCAAAUAUGAAGAUUUUGUUAAUUUAUAAUUUAUUAGUGUGUUGUUACUGUAAUUGAAAAUGUUAUAGAACAUUUAAAUUCAGUCUUGUGUAGAAAGAAAUGUAUUAAACAAAAUUAUGUGAAUAAAUAUUCCCACAAAAUACAUCUGAAUGGUUAAAAAAUACUGGGAUAGAGUUAUUAGGGCUGCAAUACAGAAAUGUCCUAUUUUUUUUCUUUUUUUGUGUUUGAAUAUCAGAAAUCCCAAUAAGUAGAUUGCUAUUUUCAACUUGGGGAGAUGUUAUCAGUGAGCAUUUAAGCAGUGCACUUCACUCGGCAUAAGUGAGAGUGGCACAGAAACAUUUCCUUGUUUUAAGCCUUCUUCAUGUAUUUAAGUAUUUGUUUUUCUAUUUAAUGCUACUAUUCUUUAUUCUCUUUUUUUCUCUCUAUUGCUUCUGUUUCUCUUUUGUGGUUUUUUUUUUUUUUUUUUUUUUUUGAAGGGCAUGUACAGGAGCAACUGUUGCUACCCAGCAAAAUUUGUGUAUUAUAAACAAUUAAAAGAGGUUUUUCAUUG